AUGCGCUUCCUCGCAGCUUCUACGACGCUUCUAUGGUCCACUGCUCUGGCAGCACUCAAUGCCACUCAGGACAAUGCAAGCUUGACCCUCGCGAACGAGAGGCUCGUAGCUUCCGUCAGCAAGACCGGUGGUUAUGUCAAUGUUCUUACUUUGGACGGGCAGAAUCUCCUUGGCAAAGAGAAUGGCAAUACUGGUGUCGGGCCCUAUCUGGACUGUUAUUGUACGCCUAGCGGCUUUUGGACUCCUGGUCGGGGCAAACAAGUCGACUACGCGCUGUACAACGGCACGGACUCAACGGGCAAGAAGUAUGGCGGCAUCAGUAUGGGCGAAACAUACACCGCAACCGGCCAGCGACUGGAGCAAUAUUGGUUCUUGAAGGAAGGCGAGACUGGUCUGCACACAUUCAGCCGUAUUGUUUACAACAACAAAACUACACCGUUCCUCCGAAACCUCCAAGAGUUCCGUACAAUGUUCCGCCCGAAUCACGACCCACCGCUUUUCACGCACUUCGUUACCAACGAGAAAUUUGCGGCACCGAGGCCAGACACCGAAGGCGAAGUAACCGUUCAAGAUGCUACUUGGUGGCUUGCUCACCCAGAUUCUCCAUACCAGCAGGGGGUCGGCGAUUAUUUCACCAAGUACACCUUCCAAGACACCUGGCGCAACCACAAGGCACACGGCAUGUAUGCCGACGGAACAGGCAGUAAUGGGACGUCGUUCGGGGCUUGGCUCGUGCACAACACGGUCGAAACGUACUAUAACGGACCUGUACAUUCGGAUCUUGUUGUUGACGGCAUCGUCUAUAAUUACAUGGUUAGCAACCAUCAUGGUGACCAAACUCCUAAUAUCACAGACGGUUUCGAUCGCACCUUUGGGCCUCAAUACUUCCACUUUAACAAGGGUGGCUCGCUCGAUGAGCUGCGCGCCGACGCAGAACAAUAUGGUCUCCGUCCAGACUGGAAUGCAAAUUUCUACGAUUCUAUCGCGAAACACGUCCCGAAUCUUGUUAGUACUUCCGGGCGUGGCACUCUCAAUGCACAGGUGACCCUUCCCAAGAACGCGAAGAACCCUAUCGCGAUCCUGACCGAGAGUGGCCGUAACUUCCAAGACAAUGUGUACGACGACAAAGCCUACCAAUAUUGGAGUGAAGUCGAUAGUAGAGGCGCAGUCACUAUUUCUCGCGUCAAGGCGGGUACUUAUAGGCUAACUGUAUAUGCGGACGGCAUCUUUGGCGACUUCGUUCGUGAUAAUGUCGCUGUCACCGCCGGCAAAGAAACCAAACUCCGUCUCGAAUGGAAGGCAGAAUCAGCAGGAACAGAGCUGUUCCGCAUCGGCACUCCAGACAAAUCUUCUGGUGAGUAUCGCCACGGCUACGAAGCAUCUCCGGACCACCCUCUCCUCACCGAAGAGUACCGCCUAUACUGGGCAGCGUACGAUUUCGUGGACGAGUUUCCAGAGGGUGUUACGUACAAGGUAGGGCGCGACGAUCCCGCUAAAGCACUCAACUACGUGCAUUGGAGUGUAUUCGGCGGAAAAGCAAACUAUGUGCGACCCGAGCCGGUUUAUGAUAACAUCAACAAUUGGACGGUGUUAUUCGACACCAAGGCAAAUCAGCUGAAGGGGAAGAAGACGGCGACAUUUACUGUCCAACUCGCGGGCGCAAAAACAGCUGCAGGCAACACCGACAUCUUCAACGCCUCCGAGCCGUACUCCAAUCUCCCCUACACGUUCAAUGUAAAUGGCAAAGAUCUCGAGCCCUGGGUCAUCCCGUAUCACCAGUCAAGCUCAUGUGCUGUGCGUUCCGCGGUCAUCUGCUACAAUAUUGCGCACAAGUUUGUAUUUGAUGCGAAGCUGCUAAAAGCAGGCGAGAACGCUUUUGUAUUGAGUCUGCCGUAUGACGCGACGAACUAUGAGAGCGCACUGCUGCCGGAAUCGGUGUAUGUGCAGUAUGAUGCGCUGAGGUUGGAGGUCAAGUAA